AGAUUUCCAGCUAUCUCCUCGUCAAAUUUAUAUCGGUCUCGUCUCUGGAGCUUUGAUUUCUCAUUCAAUCGAUGCGAAGCUCGUAUGCAUGAACUUCCUUUUCGGUGUAUAAUUCGUUUCUUCCACCACCUCAUCAGCAGGCACGGACCUAAAUCUAGUGUUUUCGUGCCAUCUCUUCUCUUUGCGCGUGCGCGCGCACUGAAGCUGAAUCCACCAUGCCGCAGGGAGACUACAUAGAGCUUCACAGGAAGCGACAUGGCUACCGCCAUGAUCACUUCGAGCGUAAGCGUAAGAAGGAGGCGCGAGAAGUCCACAAGCGCUCCGCCAUUGCCCAAAAGGCUUUGGGUAUUAAGGGCAAGAUGUUUGCCAAGAAGAGAUAUGCUGAGAAGGCUCUCAUGAAGAAGACAUUGGCUAUGCAUGAGGAGUCAACAAGUAGGCGGAAAGUGGACGAUGAUGUCCAAGAUGGAGCUGUUCCAGCAUAUUUGCUUGAUCGUGAGAACACUACACGAGCCAAGGUACUUAGCAACACUAUCAAGCAGAAGAGGAAAGAGAAAGCUGGGAAAUGGGACGUCCCUCUACCCAAAGUAAGACCUGUUGCAGAGGAUGAGAUGUUUAAAGUGAUGAGAUCCGGUAAACGCAGAACCAAGCAAUGGAAGAGGAUGGUGACGAAGGCCACAUUCGUGGGUCCUGCUUUUACCCGGAAACCUCCCAAGUACGAGCGAUUCAUUCGUCCCUCAGGUCUAAGGUUCAAUAAAGCACAUGUCACGCAUCCCGAACUCAAGGCCACGUUCAACCUGGAGAUCAUUGGCGUGAAGAAAAACCCCAAUGGCCCUAUGUAUACCUCUCUUGGUGUGAUGACCAAGGGAACUAUCAUCGAGGUCAAUGUGAGUGAGCUGGGUCUGGUCACACCAGCUGGGAAAGUCGUGUGGGGCAAAUACGCCCAGGUGACUAACAAUCCCGAGAACGAUGGCUGUGUCAAUGCGGUUCUGCUCGUCUAACACCAAGGCAGCUGCCCAGCUUAUGGCGGAUAGACAUUUUGUUAUGUAUAACCUAGUCACUUCGAGAGAGCUUUACUUUUUGCUACUUUUGAUAGUGUUACUGAUCUUAUAAAGAGAGAGAUGUUUCACCGAGUUGUUUAUUUUGACCUUUUUAUUUAUUUUUUUAAUAUUCUUGUACGAGUUAUGGGCUUCCUUGUGAUUGAUCAUAAAGCAAGUUAUAUCAGAGAAGAUAUCUUAUUCCUCUC